AUGCCAUGUGACAACACAAUUUCCGACGUAAAACAAAAACCGAAUAUAAUAUUAUUUUACAAUAAUACCAAAGGUGGAGUAGAUGUAAUGGAUCAUAUGUUGGGGCAAUAUACCACGAAACGCAAAACAAAUCGUUGGCCGCUUGCUGUUUUUUAUAAUAUGAUCGACAUAUCUGCUCUUGCUGCCUAUAUAGUAUAUUCGGAAAAUAAUCCGUCACGUUUUACAUGUAGAAAAGGUGGACGCCGAUUGUUUCUAGAAGAAUUGGCGGAACAAUUGUGUAUGCCAACGAUAUUGAAGAGAUCAAGCAUUCCAAGGGUUGUCUCAUAUUUUCCAACAAAAAAUGCAAUUGAAUGCAUAAUUGGUAAGCCAAUUCAUUCCUUGAAAAGCUCCACAUCUGUGGAUUUUAUUCCAGAUGAAGAUGAUCGCGGACAUUCAACCAUAAAAGGUGCUUGCUAUAUGUGCUAUCACGAAGAAAGUAAGAGAAAACGCUCAACACGGAAAAUAUGUGUUCAGUGUAAGAAGCCAAUUUGUGUCGAGCAUAGCAAAACUCAAACGAAAUGUAAUGGUUUUGUAAAGACUGAUUAA